GCAAUUCAAUCCGAGGGAAUAAGAAUUACGUCGCAGUUUAGCUAUAGCACGAUUAUCAUUACUGCUCACUGUUGUCAGUUAACUCUCUGGAAUUGAGUUUUAUUUGUUAAGAUGUCUGGCGGACCGAAUGAGUCGAAGAAGCGGAAGAAGAAGCGCUAUGCGGGCGCUCAGCACAGUAAACGCUGGAAGGGCAGCAGAGAGCUGGAGGUGGGCAUGCAGGGCGUCCUCAUCUCCUGCAACAUGAACGAGAGGAAAGCCACCGCCGAGGCCUACAACCUGCUCGGAGAAUACGCAGACAAACUCUACGGGCCCGAGAAGUUGCAAAAUAAAGACGGGAGCAGCAGUGAAGAAAAUGAGUCUGGAGAAGAUGAAGAUGUUGAUGUGGCCUUGAAGAAGGAAGUGGCACAGAUGAAAGCAUCUGGAGUUAAACAGGAGAGGCGAUUCCAGGCUUUGGACAGUGGUGCAAACAACGUCAUUUUUAUCAGAACGCAAAAUCUGGAAGCGGACAAACUGGUGCAUCACAUCUUGUCUGAUCUUCACACAACGAAGAAGAAAAAGACCCGCGUGGUUCUUCGAAUGCUGCCGGUAACAGGAACAUGUAAAGCCUUUCCAGAAGACAUGAUGAAGUAUCUGACCGCUUUCCUGGAGCCUUGGUUCAAAACCCCAAAUUGUGCUACAUAUCAGAUAGUUUUCAAAGCACGAAACAGCAGCCACAACAACAGAGAAGAAGCCAUCAAAUCGAUAGCAGGUCUUGUGGGGCAGAUGAACCCUAAGAACAAGGUGGACUUGACCAACCCGGAACUCACCAUCAUCGUGGAGAUCAUCAAGGCUGUGUGUUGCGUUAGUGUGGUGAAAGACUUUAAUCACUUCAGAAAGUACAACGUGCAGGAGGUGGUGAAAGAGAACGCACCCAAGCCAGCUGUGAUUGCGGCAAAAAUGAAUACGCAAGUGACUGAGCAGACUGAGAAAUGUGACGAGUCGAUGGGCAAGAACUGUAACGAGGAAAAAGUGUCACAGAACAGUGAGAAUACGGGCAAUUAAGACAUGCUGUUUAGAGAGUUCAAGUGCCAGCUGAUGAGUCAGUUUAGUUUUAUACAGUUUAGCUUGUGUUGCAGCAGAAACCACAAAGCACAGUGAUCAUGUAAAGUUACAGUGUGCGGGGAUUUAGGGGGAUUUUAUGAGCAGAAAUAGAAUCUAGCAUUCAUAACCAUCUGGUAAUUGGUGUAUGAGUAAUUUGUUACGUGUAACAGUGCAAGUAAGUUCAUUGUAUUUUCAUGAAGUUAGAAUGAGCCCUUCCUAUCUACAUGACAGCUUGAUGCCAUUAUGUUGUUACUGUAGCACAAAAGGGACGUUUAGUCCAGCUUUUGCAUUUUCCAGCAAGGCUUAAAGCCUUAAGACUACACAGGGUACUGGUUGGCAGUGCAAGCUAACAGUAAUGAGAACCCUCAUCAUGAAAUGUACCACCAUUUCUCAUACGAGAACACAAGGGAGCAUAGAUGCAAAAAUGUGAAAUCCUGACAAAAAUGCAGCUAGUAACCUCACCACUAGACAACAUUGAAUCUGUCGCACUGUAGCUUCAAACAGGAUCUUAACAUUUGGAUUUGUGUUCCUAUUUGUCCCUUUCUGUUAAAUGUGUUCUUUUCUUAUUCACCAGGUGGCGUUAGUCCCCCUUAUACAGAGUGAACAUCAGUGUAAAUGGUCCAGUAAUUAAUUUCACAUUUGGAGUGAAAUUUGUCCUUUAGUUUCUUUUUGUAAAUUCGUUGCAUUCUGCUGCUGUUCAAAUAAACUUUCAGCUG